GGGGGAGGAAGGGAAAGGGGAGGGCUCUGUGUGUGUGUGUGUGACUGUAGGUCUGCCCAGGUUGAGUCCAGCGGAGAAAUUUGCUCCAUCUCCAGCAGCCACCGCUGCUCCUUUGAUGUUGUGGUACGCCGUGCGCAUGCGCCUCACAUUAGAAUUACUGCACUGGCCGGAAUAAGUUGGAUCUCUUCUCCUCUUCACUGAAACCUUAAAUCCCAUCCAAAGCCAAAGGGAUGUUGAGAGUCCGGAAAAAGGGUUACUUUGGGAUUUGGUCAUUCCCCUUGAUCAUAGCCGUGGUCUGUGCUCAGAGUGUCAAUGACCCUAGCAAUAUGUCACUGGUAAAAGAGACCGUGGAUAAACUACUGAAAGGCUACGACAUUCGUCUGAGGCCAGAUUUCGGAGGUCCCCCUGUGGCUGUAGGCAUGAAUAUAGACAUUGCAAGCAUUGACAUGGUGUCAGAAGUCAAUAUGGACUAUACCUUGACAAUGUACUUUCAGCAAGCCUGGAGAGAUAAAAGACUGUCGUAUAAUGUAAUACCUUUAAAUCUCACAUUGGACAAUAGAGUAGCUGAUCAACUUUGGGUUCCUGACACCUACUUCCUGAACGACAAGAAGUCAUUUGUGCAUGGAGUGACUGUCAAGAAUAGGAUGAUCCGACUUCAUCCCGAUGGGACAGUCCUUUAUGGUUUAAGAAUUACAACAACCGCUGCUUGCAUGAUGGAUCUGAGAAGAUAUCCACUUGAUGAACAAAACUGUACCCUGGAGAUUGAAAGUUAUGGUUACACCACAGAUGACAUUGAAUUUUAUUGGCGAGGGGAUGAUAAUGCUGUGACUGGGGUGACCAAGAUUGAAUUGCCACAAUUCUCCAUUGUAGAUUACAAACUUAUCACCAAGAAGGUUGUAUUCUCUACAGGUUCUUACCCCAGAUUGUCUCUCAGCUUCAAGCUUAAGAGAAACAUCGGUUACUUCAUUCUGCAGACCUACAUGCCUUCCAUUUUAAUUACCAUCCUCUCGUGGGUUUCAUUUUGGAUUAACUAUGAUGCUUCAGCAGCAAGAGUUGCUUUAGGAAUCACAACUGUACUAACUAUGACAACCAUCAACACCCAUCUUCGAGAAACUCUCCCGAAAAUUCCUUAUGUGAAAGCAAUUGAUAUGUACCUGAUGGGAUGCUUUGUUUUUGUUUUCAUGGCACUUUUGGAAUAUGCACUGGUCAACUACAUCUUCUUUGGCAGGGGACCACAACGUCAAAAGAAAGCAGCAGAGAAAGCUGCAACUGCCAAUAAUGAGAAAUUGCGAAUGGAUGUCAAUAAGAUUUUUUGUAAAGAUAUUAAACAAAAUGGGACCCAAUACCGAUCCUUGUGGGACCCUACUGGAAACCUCUCCCCAACUAGACGGACUACCAAUUACGAUUACUCUCUGUAUACGAUGGACCCCCAUGAAAAUAUCUUGUUGAGCACGCUCGAGAUCAAAAAUGAAAUGGCCACCUCCGAGGCUGUGAUGGGACUCGGGGAUCCAAGGAGCACCAUGUUGGCCUACGACACGUCAAGUAUCCAGUACCGAAAGCCUGGCUUGCCCCGGCACAGCUUUGGCCGGAAUGCCCUGGAGCGACACGUGGCACAAAAGAAAAGCCGGCUACGGAGACGUGCCUCCCAGCUGAAAAUCACUAUCCCUGACUUGACUGAUGUAAAUGCCAUAGAUCGAUGGUCCCGCAUAUUCUUUCCUGUUGUUUUUUCCUUCUUCAAUAUUGUCUAUUGGCUUUACUAUGUGAACUAAAUCCUGGAGUCACACAGAAGGCAAGGACUGGAUUGCUCUUCAAAUCGGUUGUACAGCCAAAAGUGGGACUUAGAAAAAUUACAUUCAGGACAAAAAUGAUUUUAAAACACCUUAGUUGCUGGCCCACUCUACGGUCUAUUUUAUACCAUUUGGGUUACUCAAGCUACACAGUAUACACUUCCUUAAAUUACAAUAUGUGCAAUUUCCCAGUAAAAUGACAAGUGCAUUUGAUAUUCAGAGGCAAAAUUAGGUUCUGACAAUCAAUUUAGUUUGAUCUUCUUAAAACGUGCUCACCCUGCGUGAAAGGGAAUGAUAUGGGAGACAGUCUUCUGGAGUUUUCUAGCAUUUUGAGUCAAUUUCUUAUGAAACGGCGCAUCCGGUCAACACACAUCUAAUUUCCAAAGGAAGAAAAUAUGUUAAGAUGCUAUCAUGCUUAUGAAACAUAUUCACGGUACAUUUAAAAAGUGGGAACUGGAAAUUCGUCAGUGCCUAUCAUCUGCUGCAGUGAUGAUGAUAUCGAUGGUCCAAUGAUUCCUGUCCAUUGUGGUAAUUCCUGCUUCUUCCUAGAGGCAGAACCAAAUGCAUUUUGCAUGAGAUGCUCCUGUCACAACAAAUAAGAAUAAGAGAAAAGAAAGCAACCAAUAUUAGCCUUUUCUUUUAUUGGCAAAUGUUUUGCACAGCAUUGUAACUAUUUUACCCCAUACCUGGCUAUACAGGAAAUUGUGGAGCUUCAGUUUUGAGAGGGAUCUGCGUUGUUGAGAUAACUGUCCAGGCUAUAUUGCUUAUGAGAGGCUAUGUAGAUAUCUGAGAGUCUUCACCCUGUACUUUCAGGUAAAGCAGGGAUUGACCUAACAAGAAUAGAGAGGGAAAUCCAAAAAAGCUAUUGUAAUAAAUCAAAUCAUUCGUAUCUCUGAUAGGGCCCGUGUAGCAUCGGGCCUGUAUAUAUAUUGGAUGCAGUGUAGAGUGGCAGGCUGAAUGGGAUUUGCUUCCAAGUUUGAAGGCUUGAAUGGUAAACCUGAGAUCAGAGAGCUGACCCAAGCAAUCUGUAAUACCAGUAAAAUUAUGGGAUUUAUUUGGCUCCUAUGAUAUUUGUUCAAGAAUUCCAUUUUGGAAUGUCACCAGUGUCGUAUAUUGGCAGCAGAAAAGUUUAUAAACUAUUUUUUUUAGGCAAUAGUAGCCAUGUUGCAUAUUUACUGAAUACAUUUAUUUACUGCGUUUAGUAGGGGGUUUUCAAAGGGAAGGGUUUUUUUCAUUGCUUUAAGAGAUUAACUAUUCUCUUCAGUCUGUUCUGCUUCUGAAGGCCUGAUUACCUUCUUAGAACACAGACAAAGUCAAGCAUUUCGUUCAUAAAUUGACUAUUUUUAAAUUCAGCAAGUUGUUGUUCCAUAUAUUUAAUUAAAUUCUAAUUUACCUUUAGAGAACUGUUCCUGUGAAGAAUAUGAAGAUGUGUAUAUAGGGAAUAAGAUAUUAAGGAAAAAAGGCAACACUCAUGGUGUGGGGUGGGGGUACUGUCUAUUCAAGGGAAAAUGAAAAUUGGCAAAUGAUGCAUUUCCUGGGACUUUCUAUUCUGUCACUGAGGAGAAAAUAGUUACCAGCCACGGCCAUGUUGCAUUGUAAUAAUUCUACCUCUAAAUUUCAUGACUGUGUUUGAAACACCGGCUGUUUCACCUAGGGGACCUCAUUUUGUCAUUUAAUAUAGAACAAAUGUGAGCACCAAUAUCUUCCUUUAAAAUUGAUUUUGCAGUGCUUUCUUCAAGUGAUUUCAAAUAUUUCUCUUUAUUUCUACAAAGUAGCAUUUCUGUUUUUACAAAAAACAGAGAAAACAAAAUCAUUUAGAAGAAGAGGGUCAGUAUGCCAGUGCCUGCCUGUGUUUAUUUUGCAUUGAUUCUCUUCCAUUUUUCAUUUCCUGAAGCUUCAGAAUGGAAUGUGAUUUGUAAUAGGGCACUAUAUCCACAAUUUUGGUCGGGAAUUAUUUUUUUUUCUUGAUAACUGGUGGGAGUAGUGGUUCUUCAUUCUCACAUCAGAGUUUUGAAUGUGAGCAAUAAGUAGGGAACAUUUGGGUCCAUGCCUGAGGGGACAGAAUUUUUAUUUGUGGAUAGUGCAUGCAGACACUUUUAUACCUCUGUGAAAAAUCCAUCUGAAGGCUAACUAUUUUUUUAAGAGCUACCAUUUCCAGAUGAAGAGCAUUCUUGGCAUUCCCCAUGAUAUCCUUAAGCAAUUUCCUCUCACAAAUAUCCUUUCCUUUACCUGUGGCAUGGAAGUCAAAUUUGAAUAAGUAAGGUGGAAUGCAUCCUCAUAUUCCAAUCCCAUGACUCAGAAGAACAGAAAUGUACUGAAUUCUAACCAGGUGAUUCUAGAUCCCGGAACUCUGAAGUUGGAUUGUUUUCUUAUACCAGCUUACAAGCCAUACCUAAUGCUUGAUAUUGCCGUUCUUUAGGUGCAAUAAUCAAAUGCCUGAUGCCAGGUGAGAUGAUGGGAGGAUCAGGAAAAAAGUUAGGUGAGAUAUAGGGUUCCUGCGUAUGGGUCAUUACCCUUUUGCUCAUAGAGGAGUUAAAACACUGAGAAAGAGAGAAAUCAAGAGUCAGUGAAUAGAAAACCUGAAGCCCAAGAAAGGUUUAGUGGCAUGUGAAUGCCUCACUUGACAGCAAACUAACUCAUCCUGCUCAGGGUAGGUAGGUUUGGGCUUUCUCUUGAAAUGUUUUUUCAGUUUGAACUGAAUAGAAAUGCAACAUUUCGAAUGUGCAUUUACCCUGGACCUAAACAAAUAAUCAAUUGCAAAGCUAUUCAUGCUUAUUUCUGAAGUUUAAGUUUGAUGACUUGCAAAAAGUUCUGUCUGAGGUAAUAAUGACAUGUUACUAUCAGUACUAUUAGAAUAUAUUUUGUUUUAACUAUACAAAAGCCAAACAGCCAGCAAUUAAGGUGUUUUUCAUCUUUGUGAAAUUCAUGGGCAAAUUCUGACUAUAAUGGCACAGUUUUAAUGAAAUCUAUGAUCUCAAUCUGUAAAUAAACAUUGUAUAUGACUGCUAGUAAGUAUGAUAUGCAUUUUCAGAAUUGAAAAUUCAUGCCACAUUUCUGUAUUCACAUAAGGAAUGUUAUGUUUCUACUGCAGUUUAAUAACUGAGAAAAGAUUCCAGCAGUGUCAUUUAGACCAUUUUCUUCUCAUUCCUUUAAAAGUAGCUCUAAGUGAAAAAUGUAUUUAGGAACAUUUCCAAGAGAUUUAGCAUCCUAGUACAAAGAACACAAAAUCUGUCCAGUACAAAAGCACAAUGAAUAGAGAGAGUGAGGGUGAAUCUAUAACUGGAAAAUGAAUCCUCUUUCUUUUAGGCCAAAUUUGCAUUGAAAUAUAAAUUUCUAUAUCUACCUGGGUUCCAGUCCUUUAAUUAACACAGUACUAAACUGAAAAGUAAGCUGAAGAUCUAAACAACGUAUCCAUGUGCAUAUGUGUGUAUAGAUGUAUCAAUAUAAACGUAUACACACAUACCUAUGUUAAAUAGGAAAAGGAAUAAGCUAAUAAAUUUUGUUUCUCUCAUUAAAACAGUGUAUAAUAUUUUUACUUUGAAAAAAAAGAAAUCAAUAUAUUAAAAUAACUAACUAUACAGGGUAACUGGGCAUUUCUAUAUCAGCAAACCAGUGCAUACAGUUCUUAAUAAAAAAGAUUGCACAGUCUGACACUAUGAUAGUACUGUACCUCUUAGCAUCUGAAAAUUAGAUUAGUCCUCUCAUUGCUUACCUAUUUUUUCCCAUUUUAUUUUGAAACAUACUGUCCACUAGUAAUUAAGAAAAUAAAAAACAGUCUUAAGGAUACCAAGAGAAAAUUAAAAUCUUAAACUUUUCUGGAAAACAAAUGGUGGUUUUGCCAGGGUAAAAUACUCUAACAGUAGUAAUGACCAUACCAUUUUGCUGUAUGUAUAUAGAACAUAUAUUGUGAGCAAUCAUAAUUUCAGCUGAGCGUGUAAAUAUUAUCAAAUUUCUUAAACAUUUUUAACUUCUAAUUUGUAUUUUAUGGUAAGGCAAAAUGCUGAUUCUCUUUAUGGUUUAGGUCAAUGUGUCCUAAAAUCAUGUAAAUAAUUCAAUAAGCUGUAAAUGAGCAGUCAGUAGAUACAGUAAUUGUUUAGUGAUUUUCUUUUUACUAAGUACAAUAAUUGCUGUGCUCUAGCAGAGAAAUUUAAACACCCUUUUGCAUAAAUGGUUUGGAGUUCCAGAUAAUAGAGUUUCAAUUUGUUAUAAAAAUCCAUGGGAAAUGCCGUAGUGUGAAAAUACUCAGUUCAGCGGUCUAAGAUAUUACAGCCACAUCAGCUUGCAGGAAACCAGAAGGAGUCUUCGGUCUGAGCCUUCAGACUCUUGUGUGGCAGAGAGUUCGUGAAGCAGGAUUUUAAUUCAACACUUGCUGAUACUCAGAGAAACCUAGGCUUGUAUUGAUUUCACUAAAGAAAAAGAUUGUUUUUCAUGCCUGCCACAGAAAUCAGCUGUAAACAGUAUGUACUAGUAGAUUUAAAGCAUUUUUAAAGGAUGACACUUUAUUACUGUCCUUAGAUUAUAUAGUUCCCCCCCAAGCCAAAGACACCAGAAUUGUUAAAAAGGGAAAACUAACAAGUCACUGCUUAACACCAAAGGUAAAGCUUUUUAAAAUGCACUAGGAACUUUCUUUCAAAUUUUAGGAGCAAAUGGAAUGCCAAUCAAAAGACUGCCCUAUUCUACUUUGUAAAAAAAAAUAGGAAAAUUUUUAAAUAUUAAUUCGCGAUUGAUAAAUUGAAAUAGAUCAAUUGCAGAUAUAUGCAAAAUUUUAAUCGUUUUUUCAUAACAAAGUUUUUCAUAACAAUUUUUUCAUGACAAAAAGUGUGAUGGGAAACGUUUAUAUUUCUGUUUUUCCCCCAAAUGAAUUGUGGUUUUCCACUCACGUGGUCAUCUAUUCUGAUUUAAUAUUCAUCUCUGUAUGUUUGCACUGUUAUUGGCAUUAACAGUUUCAUCUGCUUGUAUUUUUUAAGGUUAGUUCAAUGGGUUGAGUUAAAAAGAUUCAUCAUUUUUUGAUUAAUUCUACAAAGCUACAUCUGAUUUGAAUGAUUUAAUCUUUUUUUUCUCCGCAUGGGUGUUUAAAUGGUUCUGUUAGUACUGUCUCUGCACAGUUCUGAUUUGUCUCUUUUUUACUUGGUACUAUUUACUUCACAAUGUAGUAAUCAUCAGCCUUACUAAUUACCUUGUAGCCUUUCUUAUAUGCACAUAAUGCACAUUUUCCAAUGGCUAGAAAAUGCAAAAUACUAGUGGAUAUCAUUGCAUCAGAUUUUCAUGUAUUUCUCAAAAGGACUGCUAACCUCUGGGAUAAACGAGGGGGUAAAAAUGAUGAUUGUAAAUGAGUAGCACAUAAGAGAUAUUUUCUUGAAUUUAAACUUAUUGCAGCCAGUUUCCGCAUGUAAAUAUAUAAUAAUGUUGGCUAGUGUGUAAUUCUUGAUCUAAAAAACAUGAAUAAAGAACCAUAAAAUAA